UCUUGAUGCCAGUUCGCCGGUGAUGAAGUGUAGAAGAACUAAUCUUCAAGUGGAUCCGUCUUAGUUUCCCAAGUCAUAAAGAUACCGUUGGACACGCACGCGUAGUUUGUACAGUCACUUUCGAUUUUACUCUUACUCUCUUAGGAAAAUAUUGACCCAUUUUUGAUACAUCGAAGAGUGCUUUGAUAGUUUUUUUCUUAUGGUUUUAUGACUAUUCAAAUAUGUCGCUUGACAAUCUCAUAGUUGAACGAUCAUCGACUGAUAUCGAUGAAACUGAAUGCGAAACGGAAUACCCGGGAAAUUCAGAAAUGAAUUCUGAAAAUAAUCACACUCAGGCGCCUUCGGAAAAUGUGGGAUCAGUGCAUUCGACGGACGCGUCUAGUGGAAAAUUCUUCGCUCCUAACAUAGCUCCGGAGAAUCCUGUGCUGGUGAAAAGUGUUCCUUUGGGAAAAACACCAAUGUCGAGCAUGGAGGAGGAGAAUUUGAGGGAGAGACUGCAUAUCGCACAGUUGAAAAAAUGUGCUGAAAUGGUUUCUCAAGAAGCAAGAUACACAAGGGAUACUUUCAAGAGGUUGUUUAUGAAUAAGUCACUGCUGGAACAAAUUUUUUAUCUAUUCGACCGAGAGGGAGACCUUUGCCUCGAACAAGACAAAUGGAUGGAAUUUCUCAAACAACGUCUCAGGGAUGAAAAACAAAUUGAUUUUGCAGAGCAAUUGGAAAGUGUUGCUUAUUGCCUUUGUGGCGAAAGUCCCAUAAACUUGAAUCAAUUUUACCAGAUAUUCUACACUAGAGGGAUAGUAGACAAAUUGUUCAGAGUAAUAGAUAAUCAAAAUCUAGGAUCUAUAGCAGCAGAAACAAUCAUGGAGUUCCUUGCCGCAAUAACAAACAACAGGCCACGAAGCGGUUUUGACCCUGGUAGCUUAGAACGAUUAGAACAACUAUUCAGGCAAACUGUUGGAAAUGAGAAAGAAAUCAAAAUGGACGACUUCAAGAAAAUAGUGAUUUCAAAAAAUCCCUUUUUCAUUGAACGAGUCUUCCAAAUCUUUGACAAGGAUAAUUCUGGAUCGAUUUCUUUGCAAGAGUUUUUAGAUGCCAUGCACCAAUUCGCCGGUCAAACUCCAGAAGUUAAGAUUCGUUUUUUAUUCAAAGUGUACGAUUUAGAUGGCGAUGGUCUGAUACAGCCCAAUGAACUUCAGCAUGUAAUGCGGGCAUGUAUGGAAGAAAACGGUAUGCAUUUUAGCGAGGAACAAAUCGAUGACUUAACACACGCCAUGUUCGAAGAUGCUGACACAGGUAACAGGGGUGCUAUAACAUACGAAGCACUGAAGAGACAACUAGAGAAACACGGCGGACUCCUCGAAAAUUUGUCCAUAAGUAUCGACAGAUGGCUCAUACCACCAAAACCACAACCUCCUCCACCAUCAAUAUUUAAAAGGCUGCUUUCUCUGAGACCCUAUCAGCUUACGUGGCCGUAUUUCAAAAACAACCAUGUAUAUUUGAUCUUCCUGGCAUUUUUCGUUGCUGUCAAUGCAACUCUCUUCACAACCAGAGCUUACCAAUACAGGAAAUCGAAUUGGUAUACAAUAUUCGCCAGAGCAUGUGGUCAAUGUUUGAAUUUCGACUGCAUGUUUGUUUUAGUCCUCAUGCUGAGAAAAUGUAUUACUUUUCUGAGAACAAGAGGUUUCAGCUCUAUACUUCCUUUAGAUCAACAUAUAUAUUUCCAUAAACUAACUGGAGUUCUAAUAUCCAUUUUCAGUUUGUGGCAUACGGUAAUGCAUGUCUGUAAUUUCUCAAUGGUUAUUGUGAACGACCCAGUCAUCAACAAAAAUAAUUAUACAAUAAGCGAAUGGUUGUUCACGCCCAAACCUGGAUUGUUCGGUCUCAUUGGCGGAUGGGCAAAUCCAACAGGAGUUGUACUUGUUCUCAUUUUGCUUAUCAUGGUUACCUGUUCCCAAAAAUUCGUCAGACGAGGGGGGUGCUUCGAGGUAUUUUAUUGGACACAUCUUUUGUACAUUCCAUUUUGGAUACUCGUUUUAAUACAUGGACCUAAUUUUUGGAAAUGGUUCGCUGUACCUGGCAUAGUUUUUGUGAUAGAGAGAUUGAUGAGAUUCUACUGGAUGAAAUAUUGCCCAGACCGUGGAAAAACAUACAUCAGUUCAGGACUGCUACUUCCAUCUAAAGUUACCCAUCUGGUGAUCAAGAGACCAAUGAAUUUCCACUUUCACGCUGGAGAUUAUGUUUUCGUAAAUAUUCCUGCUAUAGCUAACUAUGAAUGGCAUCCUUUCACGCUGAGUAGUGCUCCAGAACAGGACGACUACAUAUGGCUUCAUAUAAGAGGUGUGGGAGAAUGGACGAACCGACUAUAUGAGUAUUUUGAAAAAGAACAGGAAAAACUCCAUAACGGAGAUAUUCAAGGGGUGCCAGUGCCCACGAAGAAGAGAUUAUCCAAAGAUUCUGGGAAGAAUGACCUAAAUGCCUUACAAAAACUCAGGUCUUCAAUUAUACGUCCUUUUUCCACCAGAAAUAAAAAAGCUGACGUGCAAUUAGUAGGUUAUUCUAACGAUGCUUUUCAAGAAGUCAAUAUUAGAAACCCAAAAGUUGUCAUUGAAGUGACCACUUCAGCACCAGGAAGUAGCACAGAUUUGAAUGUUAAUAGACCCAGAAGAUUAACACCAGAAAAGAGACUCCAAAGACUUCUUAUGGCCACCAAAGUUCCAUUAGAAAAAUCUCUAUCCUUACCAGACAUGCAGAAAAAGGCUAAAAAUAAGGAGAGGAAAUUAGCUUUGAGAGAUUACAUGAGAUCUGAGUCAGAAAAAGGCUUCGACCAGCAACAGAUGAGAAGAGCAAGAAUGAAAUCCCUAGGCUUGGCCUAUUUGAGUCCGCAGAACAAAUCUCUAGCGCAGAGUUUCAGAUACAUGAGGAACAAACCAACCAUCAUUGCAUUCAAAACUCCUAGUCUAGAGAAUUGUGAGCAAAGGGAUUCUUCAAAUUCGAUAAGCUAUUCAGUUGCUUAUCAGAAAGAGGUGCAAUGUUUGGAUCCACAAGUUCAAGCCGAGGAAGGUAUUGUAGAAAGAGUACCUUUCACACCAACUCUAAGGGUAACGCCUAUGAACUAUCCUGUUGGAAAGCCAUUGGAGGGUCAACUAAUACGUAGAUCCCGUUAUGGUUCUAGACGACAACAAACUGUCUAUAGUGGUGUGGGUACAGAGAUUUUCCUCGAUGGACCUUAUGGUGCACCUUCAAGUCACAUAUUUAUGGCACAGCAUGCUAUUCUCGUAGCGACAGGUAUUGGAGUGACCCCUUUCGCUUCAAUAUUGCAGUCUGUAAUGCACAGAUAUUGGAAAGCAAGACAUAGCUGCCCCAACUGUAAAUUUUCCUGGGCGAGUGACAUACCUGCCAGCGUUAUGAAUUUAAGAAAGGUAGAUUUCUUCUGGAUAAACAGAGAUCAAAGAUCUUUCGAAUGGUUCGUUAAUCUGCUCUCUCAAUUGGAGAUCGAGCAAGCUGAGCUUGGUGGAGCUAUGGAACGAUUCCUAGAAAUGCACAUGUAUAUAACAAGUGCUUUACAAAAAACAGACAUGAAAGCUGUAGGAUUACAAUUGGCCCUUGACCUUCUACAUGAAAAGGAAAAGAGAGAUUUGAUCACCGGUCUCAAAACAAGAACAAACGCGGGUCGACCAAACUGGGAUAAGGUAUUCAAACAAAUUUUAGAUCAGAAGAAAGGAAAAGUUACUGUAUUUUACUGUGGUCCUGCUCAGUUGGCUAGAGUUUUAAGGGUAAAGUGUCACCAGUAUGGAUUUAGUUUCAGAAAAGAAGUUUUUUAAGUGUAAUUGUGAAUGCCUGACAUGUAUAUUGAAUAAAUGAAUGUAUUUAUCUGUAUAUCUGAAUCGAGUGAUUUUUAUUGUAAAAUAUUUUGUGUCAUAUUUAUCGAUAAGGAAAUAAAAAGUUCAUAUAAUUGUG